CCCGCUCUGCUAGUAUGGCGUCUCCCACGGUGGCUCCUCUCAGAGCCGGAGCAGGUCGCGAUCAGCCGCCGCUGGAUUCGGUGGAUGAUGCCGAGGGAUUGUAUGUGGCCGUGGAGCGCUGUCCGCUUUGCAACACAGCCAGGAGGCGUCUCACGUGCGCGAAGUGUAUCCUGGCCGGCGAUUUCGUCUACUUCGACAACAGAAACUCGGAAAGAUAUGCUGACAAAAUGGAACGGUUAAAGUGCUUCAGAAAUGAGAAGGAAAAGUACCAGCAACAAGUUAUAAAAGCUGUUGAAGGGAAGUGGAAAACUGAUCAGUUGAAAUGGAAGAUUAUGUCUUGUCAGAUAAGGAUUGAACUAUUGAAAGAUGCAAUUUGUUCAGGAAAUGAAGAAGUACAAAAAGAUGCAGAACUGGUAUGUAAAAAUCAGGAAGACAACCAAAAGUUGCAACGACGGGCCCAACGACAUCAUGAGAAAAAGGACAAGAUUCAGAGGCAUAUACGAAAACUGAGUGACUUAGUUGAGAAGAAAAACAUAGAAUUUUUGAAUUAUCAGGAACACCUUGCUCGCAACCGUUGGACUCACAUCCUAGAGUUAACACGUGUGAUUUUCCCAUUACAAGAAGUGAAAACAGGAAUGAGAGAUCCAGCAGAUACACCAUUUGAAUCUGACAGUGGCAUGACCUCUAGUACCGUAAGUGAGCUGGCAGAGGCAAGGAGAACCACUUAUCUCUCUGGAAGAUGGAUCUGUGAUGAUAACAAUGGAGAAACUAACAUUGGGAUUGUAGGCCGUUGGAUAUACCUGCCCAGCAAUGGGGAUUAUUCUGCUUACUAUAACUGGGUGGAAGAGAAGAAAUCUGCACAAGGGCCAGAUAUGGAACAGAGUAACUCUGCAUUUACCAUCAGUGCAGCUUUGUGCUUUGCCACUCAACUAGCAAACAUACUUUCUCACAUUCUUGAUGUAAAUCUUCCCAAAAGACUUUGCAACAGUGAAUUUUGUGAAGAGAAUAUGAGCAGAAAGAAGUUCAUUCGAGCAGUGAAUAAACUAAAUACAAAUAUCCUGUACCUCUGCUUUUCCCAGCAUGUUAACCCAGAGCUGUUACAUCCAUUGCACACACUGCGGAACAUUAUGCACUUGGUCAGUCCAGAAAAUAAAAGCCUGGGAAGAUCUGGUCCUUUUGAAAUCAGUGCUGAUCUUGAAGAUUCAAUGGAAUUAGUGGAUCCAAAUAUUGCUGCUCAGACUGAUGAAAGUGGUGAUGAAUACAUAAGUGAUGAAGAAACUGAUCUGGGAACAGAUUGGGAGACUGUACCUAGUCCUAAAUUUUAUGAUAUUCCCUCUCAACCAGUUGAAGUAUUGCAAAGUCAAGCCAUGCAAGCAUCUCAACCUGUCAGCAACAGUAACAGUACUGGUGGUAUGAUAUCUUCUGCAGCAGCUUCUGUUACAUCAUGGUGGAAGCAGUACUAUGGACAGCGCUGAUUACUUGCUGCACUGGAGUAUAAAUUUAUGAAGGGAAAAACACAUAACAUUACUUGUAGUGCCUAUAAAAUAUAUAAAACUAGAUAAACUUUAUAUGGCUCAGAAGCAUAAUCAGCUGAUUAGAACUGGUUAAAUUUUGUUUUGGAAUAAUGGAACUACUUUGAACAAAUUUGUGUACAAGAUGUAAUUGUGCAAAGGAAAUGGUAGGAGCACAUUUUUAUUUCAGAGUACUAGGUAAUGAUCUUAUCAGAUGUGAUUUAAAUGACAACUUUAUUAAUGAAGGACUUUUCAGUGGUUUGCACCAGUGAAUGUCAGCUGUUGGAAUAUUUGCAGAAUCCUUAAGUGACACUUGAAAACUAAGGAUGGUGCAAUUUUAAAUCUGUUUGCAAUUCACUAAGCUCAAGGCAUACACUGUUGAAGAAUUUGAAAGGUAUUCAUCCUUACUAAUGGUACCAGUUCAAAUUCUACCAUUCUCAGGCUGACUAUUCCAAAUGACAGCAGUUCUUUUUCCCCUCUCAUUUUGCCUUGUUAUUUUGCAAAUUACCUAGUUGGUAACCCUUCAACCCUUCUGUCACCCAAACAGUUUAUUGUGAUUUUUAUUUUCGAAACCCCUCAAGAUUCUAAGCACUGAUGGAGCUUCUCUAAGAAAAGCACCAGUUUCUACAGAAACACUGUAUUACUGAAGUCUCUUUUCCUUGAUGAUAAUCAUUUCAGCACACUCUCACAUCUUGCCACAUUCCCAAACUGUGAUUUCAAUCUUGGGCCUAAACAGCAUUUGAUAAAAGUUUGAAGUAAUUUUUGUUUUUACUCUUCGUAACUAUGGAUUUACACGAGUAUUUAAAUGACCUUCUCAAUUUAUCCUAGCAUUUUCAAGAUUUGUCUAUAAAUACCUUUCUUAUUGUUGCACCCACAUUAAAACUGUAUAGUUCAGUUUGUGUGGUCUCCUAUUCCAACUACUAAAAUGUUCACUUCAAACUUGUGUUGAUUUGCAUCUGUAAUGUUUCAUCAUCAUUUCACCUUGUGCAGUAAAAGCAAGGGGGCUAGAUGGCCUGCUCCUAUUUCUUAUUCUGUCCUGUGUUUCAAAUCCACUUCAUUGUGCACAAUUUCAAAGUUUCAUGUCAUCAGCAAACAUUUGAAAUAAAUCCAUAUCUGGGCCGCUAAUACAUGACUUGAAAAUUAGUGUUGUCUGUAUCUAUAAUUUCAAAUGCAGUGAUGCCAGUACUAAACACAGCAGCUAAGAAAUAAAUUGCUCACUUGAACCUCAUUUCUUUCGUUCAGGUCAGUUUUAUAUUGAUGAAGCCCCUCCCCUUUUAAUCAAUGGACUUCAGUUUUGCUGAUGAAUCUUAUGUGGUACUUUAUCAAAUCUCUUGGGGGAAAAAAAACGUACAUUAACACUGUAAUUCACCUCUCCAUUACAUUAAAAAAAAAUUCAGUUACACAAAUGCAAUUUGACUUGCAUUUGUCAUAAAACCAUAUUUUCCUAAGUGCCACUAUCUUGUACAAGAUUAAAAUCUUAAACUUUUCCCACAACUGAAGGUUGACUGGUAUAUCUUGUACCCCACAUUGAAAAAGAUUGUAAUAUUUGAAAUAUUUACUUAGGUUUAGGGAAAGUUUGAGUGAUCUCACAAUUUCAUGCCAUGCCAAAAUUAAGCAAAUGUAAUUCUUUUAUACAAGCAUUCUUUUAACUAAAGAGAGGUACUAAGUACUCAAUGCCAGAUCCACUACACAUUCUCUGUCGCCAUACAAUCUGGAUUUUGGUACCCAAGAUACUCUACCUUGCUUUUGAGUGACAUACAGAUUACUUCUGUAAUCCCUUUAAUGGUCUAGCUAAGUUUGCUACAAACUUUGUGUUUCUCAUUCACUUUCUGAUUUAAGAAUGGUUCCGAAUGUUGAUGAACAUGACAAGUUUGUGUACGGUACUUCCUUUCAGUCCAUCUUCAGGUAUCAAGGCAUUCCUAGGUUUAGAUGCUCUCUCUUUCAUUCAUGAACAUACAGCCCCUCCCCUUACUUAUUUAUACUUUUACCUGUAAAAAUAAAUCACAUUCACUUAGGUCAAGUCUCUUAAUCACUGAAAUUAAUUGUCUAUUUGAAGGGAUUUUAUUUUGCUUAAGUAUCAAACCAACACUUUUAGUAAUCAACUCCACUGUAGAAAUUCUAAAUAUUUUCUUGAAAAACUGAACUGGUAUGCCAAAAUAAAAUCAUUUCAGCAGUUUCAACAGCUAAGGUAUAUUGAUUAAAUUAACAGAUUAAUUCAAUACAAUAGAGUAAGUUUAAUUCUUUUGGUAUUCAGUUCAAUGUAAUCUAAUGAGGUGAAUGGACAAUUCU